CAGUUAACUGUCAUAUUUCUUUUUCAGUUAUUAAAAAAUUAAAAAGUUGCAAACAACUACUUAAAGAUAUAAGUUAUUUUGAACAAUAUAGUAAGAUCAGUAUAAAUAAAUUUUAUAUGUUUCUUGGGGAAUGGCUAAAAUGGCUAAAAUGGCUAAAUAUAUCGGUAUCAACCGUUUGGGAAGGCUCUUUAAAAUUUUUCGUGAGAAUGGCGGCCUACGUAAAAGUAUUCUCAAAUUAUGGAGGAAUGAUGACUUAAAGAUUGGUAGACUGGUUGGCGUCGACAAAUACGGCAACAAGUAUUUUGAGAAUUCUUAUUAUUUCUUUGGCAGAAACAGGUGGAUUGAAUAUGCACCACAUGUACACUUCAAUUACGAUGCUUCCCAAAUACCUGCCGAAUGGUAUGGCUGGAUGCACUACAAGACCGAUUUGCCACCAACACGCGAUGGAAACCGACCUAAAUAUUUUUGGAUGGCUGACCAUACUGAAAAUCAGUCAGGAACGAAAGAACAAUACAUGCCAUACAGUACAACUCGUCCUAAAAUCCAGGCCUGGGAUCCAAACGGUUGCAAAGAAAAAUAGGACAAAUUCAAAACAUAAUUCUUAUUAUUUAAUGAGAAAUGAGACUUAAUUUCUCAUGAGAAAUGAGAAUUGAUUAUGCUACUUCCCCAAAAACAUAAAAAAAAAUUCGUUUUCAUUACUAAA